AGAUGUAUCAGGGAGUCUCUGCCCAGCAUCUCCUCCUCCCGAAAGGAUGGCUUGUGAAAUUCCCUGCCGAAUGGAUUGUGUGGUGAGUGAGUGGACGGAGUGGUCAUCCUGUUCCCAGUCUUGUUCAAAUAAAAAUGCAGAUGGGAAACAGAGCAGAUCAAGGAUAAUACUGGCAUUACCUGGAGAAGGUGGAAAACCAUGCCCACCCCCUCAAGCCCUCCAAGAAUAUCGUUCAUGUAAUGACCAUUCCUGUAUGCAGCUCUACUGGGAGGCAUUGCCUUGGGGGCCCUGUUCUGAAGAUACACUGGUAACUGUCCUUAAUGCAACCAUUGGCUGGAAUGGAGAAGCUACCUGUGGUGUGGGCAUUCAGACACGGAGGGUCUUCUGUGUAAAGAGUCACGUGGGACAAGUGAUGACCAAAAGAUGUCCAGAUUCCACUCGGCCCGAAACAGUGCGUCCUUGUCUUCUUCCAUGCAAAAAAGACUGUACUGUGACAGCUUUCAGUGAGUGGACGCCCUGCCCAAGGUCAUGCCAACCAGGAAAUGCCACAGUAAAACAGUCUCGAUACAGGAUUAUCAUCCAGGAAGCAGCCAACGGAGGCCAAGAAUGCCCAGAUACCUUAUUUGAAGAGCGAGAGUGUGAAGAUAUUUCACUGUGCCCUGUAUAUCGGUGGAAGCCACAGAAAUGGAGCCCUUGUAUCUUGGUGCCAGAGUCUGUCAGGCAGGGGGUAAUGGGCACCAGUGAGGCCUGUGGAAAGGGGAUACAGACAAGAGCGGUCUCCUGCAUCUCUGAUGAUAACCAGUCAGCAGAAAUGAUGGAAUGCCUCAAGCAGACAAAUGGCAUGCCUCCCCUUGUGCAGGAAUGCACGGUCCCAUGUCGCGAUGACUGCACCUUCACCGUUUGGUCCAAGUUUACACCCUGUUCCACAGAUUGUGACACAACCCGAAGUCGACGGCGACAGCUCUCAGGGAAAAGCAGGAAGAAAGAGAAAUGCCAGGACUCUGACCUGUACCCUCUUGUGGAAACAGAACUAUGCCCCUGUGGUGUAUUUAUAUCUCAACCUUAUGGAAACUGGUCAGAUUGCAUUCUUCCAGAAGGUAGAAGGGAGACUCAACGAGGAGGAUUUCGGGUACAAGGAGAAAGGAAAGAAUGUGGAAAAGGCAUGCGCUUUCGAGCAAUAGCCUGCUCUGAUAAAAAUGGAAGACCUGUUGAUCCCUCAUACUGCAGCAGCUCUGGUUAUAUUCAAGAAGAAUGUGUCAUCCCAUGCCCAUUCGACUGCAAGUUAAGUGACUGGUCUAGUUGGGGGUCUUGCAGUUCAUCUUGUGGAAUUGGAGUGCGAAUUCGGUCCAAAUGGCUAAAAGAAAAACCUUACAAUGGAGGUCGCCCAUGUCCCAAAUUGGAUCUAAAGAAUCAGGUGCAUGAGGCAAUCCCAUGUUACAGUGAAUGCAAUCAGUAUUCCUGGGUUGUAGAACACUGGUCUCCAUGCAAAAUCCACAAUGAGCUGAGAUCUCUGCGCUGUGGAGGAGGAACGCAAUCUAGGAAAAUCAGGUGUGUGAGUGCUGCGGACAGUGAAGGGGGAGCCGUGGAUAACAGACUGUGCAACCAGGAUGAAAUUCCCCCAGAAACCCAGCCCUGCACUCUCUUGUGUCCCAGUGAAUGCGUCAUGUCCGAGUGGGCACCUUGGAGCAAAUGCCCACAGUCAUGUGAUCCCCACUCCACUCAGAGAAGAACCCGCCAUCUGCUAAGGCCCUCACUGAAUUCAAGGACAUGUGCUGAAGACUCUCAGGUGCGGCCCUGCCUCCUCAAUGAAAAUUGCUUCCAGUUCCAGUACAACCUUACAGAGUGGAGCACAUGCCAGCUGAGUGAAAAUGCCACUUGUGGACAAGGCGUCAGGACCCGCCUUCUGAGCUGCAUACGCAGCGAUGGCAAGCCAGUUGGCAUGGACCAGUGUGAGCAGCAUAACUUGGAGAAGCCCCAGAGAAUGAGCAUUCACUGCCUGGUGGACUGUGUGGUCAACUGUCAGCUCUCAGGGUGGACAACUUGGACAGAAUGUUCAAAGACUUGUGGCCAUGGAGGUCGAAUGAGCCGGACUCGAUUUAUCGUUAUGCCAACCCAAGGAGAAGGACGGCCAUGCCCCACAGAGCUUACCCAGCAGAAAACCUGCCCAGUGAUGCCCUGCUACAGCUGGGUCCUUGGCAACUGGGCUGCAUGCAAAUUGGAGGGUGGAGACUGUGGGGAAGGAGUCCAGAUCCGCAGCUUGUCCUGUGUGGUCCACAACGGUUCAAUCUCUCACCCAGCUGUAAGUGUAGAUGAGGCACUGUGUGGAGAAAUGCCCUUUCAAGACAGCCUCCUGAAACAGCCAUGCUCUGUACCUUGCCCAGGAGACUGCCACUUAACAGAUUGGUCAGAGUGGAGCACGUGUGAAUUAACCUGUGUCAAUGGAAGAAGCUUCGAGACAAUGGGCCGCCAAUCUAGGUCAAGGACAUUUAUAGUUCAGUCUUUCGAGAACCAAGACAGCUGCCCCCAGCAGGUUCUAGAAACACGCCCUUGUACAGGAGGCAAAUGUUAUCACUACACAUGGAAAGCAAGUCUUUGGAACAAUAAUGAACGAACUGUAUGGUGCCAACGUUCAGAUGGCAUUAAUGUCACAGGCGGCUGCUCCCCUCAGACACGUCCCGCUGCCAUUAGGCAGUGUAAUCCCGCCUGCAGGAAACCUUUCUCCUACUGUACACAGGGUGGCGUCUGUGGCUGUGAAAAGGGAUAUACAGAGAUAAUGAGAUCAAAUGGUUUCUUGGAUUACUGCAUGAAAGUCCCGGGCUCAGAGGAUAAAAAAGCUGAUGUGAAAAACCUUGCCGGGAAAAACAGACCUGUGAAUUCAAAAAUACAUGAUAUUUUUAAAGGAUGGUCACUUCAACCCCUUGAUCCAGAUGGCCGAGUAAAAAUCUGGGUUUAUGGUGUUUCAGGUGGCGGUUUUCUUAUCAUGAUUUUCCUAGUAUUUACUUCCUACCUUCUUUGCAAGAAGCCAAAACCACAUCAAAGCACACCUCCCCAACAGAAGCCUCUGACCUUAGCCUACGACGGAGACUUAGACAUGUAACCUGAACGAGAAAUCCAAAUGUAGACAUCAACUGCCUUAACCGCUUUCUCUUUUGUAGCUCUCAGACUUCUCAGUUUUUUGAGGAAUCUCAUGAUGUGAUACAGUGGGCAGAAUGCAAAUAUUGCGAAAGUAAUAUUGCCUCAACUUCAUUUGGACAUGAAGUCAAGGAUUAUUAGGUCUGCCAUUUUGCUUUCAAGUUGUUUGUGGGUGUGUGUUUAAUUUUUUGAUUCUCCCAAGGGUCCUGAAAACCCUUCUCUUCCUGUUUGGAAAUGGGAAGAAGAAACCAUGAUGGAAUUCCCACAGACUCCCAUAAACUUUAUCUUCAGCAGCAUGAUGACAAUCUGGAGGAAAGUCCAAUCAAGACAUUUACUGUAAAUGACGAGCCUGACACUGCUUUGUUACGCACUAUAUUAGUGCAAGUCUUUACUCUUCCCAUACUUCAACACUGAGUUUUCUAGAGUUUACAUUGGUUCAAAGACUUUCAGAUUGGAUUGCCUAUUUUCAUGAACACAGAGAGAAUGGUUUACCAUUUCAGAAAUUCUCUGAGUUUUUACCUUUAAAUAUUGUAUUUUGUUUUGUAGCCAGGGGAUGAUGGCACUUCAUAGGUUGUGAUUGCUGAGGGAUAAAAUGGACUGGUUGUAGUUGCUGGUUUAGAUGAAAGCUAGUUGGUUUCUGAAUGAGAUCUGUAUUGAGUGUUAGGGUGGUUAUACUGGAGAAUGAGGUAGAUUAUUUGAUUACUCGAACUGUAUUUUAACAGAAACUUAGCCAUGUAGAUAUAGUAAUAUGCCAUACACAGUUGUAAUUCAGUUUAAUGAUGACAAACUCUGCUUUUGUAAUUUCAAUUUUCUUAUCUGAAUAUUUAUAAAUUCUUUUUUUGAAUUUAAUUAUCUGACCUCAUUUAAUAUACAUCGAACACCAAUCCUGUUUGUAGCAAGUCUUGCUUUUAUAAGGUUUCAAUAAUAUCUAAACACAUUCAAAAACUGAAACCAUUUUAUGAAGAUAAUUGUUUGUAAUUGUAGAUGUUGAGAGUAAGAAGGUGCCAUCUUGUGGUAUUGACUUGUAUUUAUAACAAAUAAAGUGCUCAAGAGACUGA